UGAAAGGCAGGGGCAUUGUCAAGUCAACGUUUUCCUUGGCCUUUGUUUUUUUUUUUUUGGUGAUGCUGGUGUGAGUGAGUCACAGAGUUUCUGAAUGGCAGGCUGGGUUUAUAAACCUCUGCUGUCCCUGAACCAUGAGUUUUUGAAGGCCACUUGUCUCUGCGGUCCGUCACGUUUGUACAUGCAGCAAGAUCCACUAGCCUCAGCAUCCUCACUUUUCAGCCCGGAGGGCACGGCAGCACAGAGACAACUCUUCAUCAUGAGGUCCUUCGUCCUACUGCUCUUCCCCCUGUUGCUGGUGUCCCACGGAUCUUCAGCAGUCAUCACAGGGGCCUGUGAGAAGGACUCUCAGUGUGGAGGAGGGAUGUGUUGUGCGGUGAGUUUGUGGAUCCGCAGCCUCCGUAUGUGCACGCCCAUGGGACAGGAAGAAGACGACUGUCACCCUAUGAGCCACAAGGUUCCUUUCAUCGGGAAAAGACUCCACCAUAGCUGCCCCUGCCUGCCCAACCUGUCGUGUGUCACCGUAGAGGAGGGGAGAUUUAAAUGUCUCUCACGAUACAAGUAUCCAGAUUACUUCCUCUGAGGACCAACAUUUACUGUACAGUUACACUAUUUGCCACUUGCACUGUAACUAUCUGCCUUUAAAAGCCAUUUUUGUUUUGUUUUUUAAUUUAUUUUGAAUAAAGAUAUAUUUAAUAAUGGAUCCUCAUUUUGGUUCAGGUUAAAUUAAAGGUGCUAUUUACAACAGUGAUAACAUUCAGCCACUAGAUGUCACAUUCUCCCUCCCCUGUUCCAUUGCAUUCACUUCACAACAUGUCGUUGCC